AUGCGAGCCCCCUGGGCUGCCAGCCCCCGACCCACGUGCCCUGGGCUGCCAUUCCUGUCCCUCACAGACAGUAAAGCCAUCGUGGAUGGGAACCUCAAGCUGAUCCUGGGCCUCAUCUGGACCCUGAUCCUGCACUAUUCCAUCUCCAUGCCCAUGUGGGAUGAGGAGGAAGACGAGGAGGCCAAGAAGCAGACGCCCAAGCAGAGGCUCCUGGGCUGGAUCCAGAACAAGCUGCCACAGCUGCCCAUCACCAACUUCAGUCGAGACUGGCAGAGCGGCCGCGCCCUGGGCGCCCUGGUUGAUAGCUGUGCCCCGGGCCUGUGUCCUGACUGGGACUCCUGGGACGCCAGCAAGCCCGUGAACAAUGCACGGGAGGCCAUGCAGCAGGCCGACGACUGGCUGGGCAUUCCUUAG